AUGGACGCUGCUGUUAUCAUCAUUGGUGGCGGCCCUGUUGGACUAUGGGCGUCCUACGAGCUUCGCCUCGCCGGCAUAAGCGUCAUUGUCCUGGAAUCAGAUUUGGAAAUAUCCAACGCCAUGAGAGGUGCCACAAUCCAUACUCGGACUAUGGAGGUGUUCACAAUGCGCGGUAUUCACGAGGACCUUCUCGAGAAUUCCGGUAAGCUCGUUCAUGCUGCCUACGGCCAGCUGCCAACGCCAAUUAGCUUCGCAACCCAAGAUUCCGACUAUCCGUUCGUCGUUAUGCAAAUUCAGCCUCGCACUACCGCAGUCAUCCAGAAGCAUGCCAUCAAGCUCGGGCUUGAUAUCCGCCGUGGUCAUGCAGCUACUGAAAUCCACCAAUCGAAGGACUCCGUGUCCGUCACUGUGCGAAAUGACGCGGAUGGAAGCACCUACGAACUUAAAGCCCAGUAUCUCAUCGGUGCCGACGGCGCAGAUAGCAUGGUCCGCAAAAAAGCGGGGAUCACAUUCGAGGGCGAAGGAGGCACGGUGUGGGUAUGGGGCGACGACUUGACGCUCACUGACCCUCCUUCAACGCUUCCAGGGUCUUUAUGGUCCCCCGAAGGCUCCCUUACCAUUUUCCCCUUGCCUGGAGGGAAAUUCCGUGUGGCGGGUAUGAACCCAGAUAACGUUGGCGCGGACGGGAAACGCGUUAUGGAUUUCGAUGAUCUGCGAGACAGAGUUGUGCGAAUUGCAGGGAAAGAUUUCGGAAUGCACCACAGUGAUACUAUCUCCUCAACUAGCACCGCCAGCCUCAUCGCUUCGAAGUACCGGGAGGGCCGGAUCUUUAUCGCGGGGGAUGCGGCGCAUAGGCAUUCACCGACGGGUGGAAUGGGUAUGAACGUGGGCAUUCAGGACGCCAUGAAUCUCGGGUGGAAGCUUGCAGCCGUGAUUAAUGGCUUGAUGCCGCCAAGUCUGCUGGAUACGUAUGAGGCGGAGCGAUGGCCGGUUGGGAGGGAAUUGCUCCGGCAGACGCGCGCGCUGACUGGACUCGGCACUCUAUUCGGAUCUGAUGGUAUAGGGAUACGAGAAUUGUUUGAUGGCUGUAUCCAGAAUUCCUCAUAUUUCAACAAUUAUCUUGCAGAGCACAUGUCUGGGCUCUUCGUUCGGUAUGCCUCGACUGACAGCAGCGGGCAUGCGCUGGUCGGUGCGAGAGUGCCUAAUUUGGUCUUUACGGACAACGGAGGCGCCAGACUCUACCCGCUCUUCAAAUCCGGGCGGUAUCUACUGCUGACGCUGACGUCGCAGCCACUCUACAAUGGAGAGUAUAUAGUUGACGAUAAGUUACCUGUCACCUACUGCUCGCGAAAUCUCGACCGCACGGCAACCAAAGCCCAGGAGUGGGGCGACAUUGCAGCAGCAUUGAUCCGACCAGAUGGGCAUGUCGCCUGGGCCAAAGCAGACUCGGAUCUCGACGACCUUCGAAAGGAAAUAUCCACUGUGGUUGAAAAGACUUUCAGCAAGGAGCCCUCCUCUGCAUCGGCUGAUUGA